AUGUUCCUGGGAGAAGAACUGGAUCAACUGAGCUUAGAUCCAGUGUUCAUCCAUGGUCCAGCGAUUUGUGACCAGGAUACAACAUCAGGUGCGUUCAGAGUGGAUGAAAAUCCUUACUUUCAAAGUAAAGUUCUCUCCAAAGAAUUCCAUGUGAAUGAGAGUGGUGAUCUAUCUUCAAAUUCCACCGAAAUCAAAUGGACAUCUGGAAAGGAUUUGAUGAAACGUUCAAGUCAAAUGCAGAAGAAAGCCAGCAGAAAGAGGCAGCAUGAAGAACCAGAGAGCUUCUUUACCUGGUUUACUGACCAUUCUGAUGCAGGGGCUGAUGAGUUAGGAGAGGUCAUCAGAGAUGAUAUCUGGCCAAAACCAUUACAGUACUACUUGGUUCCCGAUAUGGAUGACGAAGAAGGAGAAGGAGCAGAAGAUGAUGAUGAUGAUGAAGAUGAGGAAGGAUUAGAAGAUAUUGAUGAAGAAGGGGGUGAGGAUGAAGGUGAAGAAGAUGAAGAUGAUGAAGGGAAGGAAGGAGAGGAGGAUGAAAGAGAAGAUGACUAA